CUCGAUAUUGCGGCUGUGUUCCGAUUGUCGAGCGGCCAAUUCGACUUCGAUCCCUCUCCCUCAAUCGAUAUAUAACCCGGAAGACCGUCGAGGCGGCACAACACAGCCAUGCCUGUCCCUUUCGAAACUCUGAUACCCUAUGGUAUCAUGAUUGUCAUGUUUGGUGUCUCUGGUACCGGACUCGCAGCCUUCAAGACGUGGCAGAACGAGGGCAAGCGACCGCGCUAUUCAUUGGAUCAGUGGGAUAGACAAAUGAUGGAGCGAGACCGACGCCUUACAGGCACAUUGAGAGGACAGUCGGACAACCCAGAGGCUCCUUUGGGAUUCGAAUUGAGCAAUGGAUGGAAGCUGGAGAAGAGAUUUACCUAAGGCACCAUUGUAUACAAUCCAACAGACUAGACAGGGGACCUCGAAAUCCGAAUGAAAGAAAGUGUAUAUACCAGACUACGAGUGGAUUUGACUGGAUGGCGGACGACUGAUAUGAAGCCCGAAUUCGGCCUCGUUACUCAAAGCAUUCACACGACAGUGCUAAUAAAAUGUUGGCUUGUGCUGGGAAUUUAUUGGCAAAAAGCUAGCUCUAUAUUGAGAUCUCCGGUCGGUUCUUGUUGAGGUUUUCCAAUAAUGUGCACGCCUGGCACAUUGCUUGGCUGGACAUGUAGCCGCACUUGACGCAUUUUCCAAGCGUCUGUAGUUGAACAGGGCCGGGCUCCUUGGAGCGUCGCUGCCGGACAGGGAGCUUUACCACAUCAUCUUCAUUG